AUGCCUCCCCGCAGGUCAUCUCGCUCUGCGCGACCGUCUGCUGAACCGGAGGCAUCAAACUCUGCGAAACGCAAACGAACCGAUGCAGAUGAGGUAGAGGAGAAAGAGAACGCUACUAGGACACGCAGAACAUCAACAAGAGGUAGCGUGGGCCCUGCUUCGAAAACGUCCGCAGCACCAUCUUCGAAAACGUCAGCAAGAACAUCUACACGUACGUCAUCAAGACCCAGUCGCUCACUGGAAGAGGUGGCGGAGACAGAGGAAGACGAGGAGAAGCCUGCGAAGAAGAAGUCGAGAAAGUCUGUUGAGGGUGAUGACGACGACGAAGAUGAAAUCGUGGAGUUGCCGAAACCGAGGAAAGGCCGGGUCAAGAAGGUCGUGCAGGAGGAGGACGACGACGACGACGAGGUACGGGAAGUGAAACCCACUCGGCGGUCAUCCGCGAAGCCCCGGCCAACUCGAUCGCGCAAGACCGUCGCAGUAGAAGAUUCAGAUGAAGAAGAAAUGAAAGAACCUAUUGCCAUCUCGGACGAGGACGAAGAGGAGAUUCAAGAAGUCAAGCCCGCCAAAGCCAAGCGCGGUAGAACAUCUCGCAAAGUGCCUGAAGACGACGACGACGUUCAAGAAAUCAAACCUGCGCAGAAGGCUAAGGGAAGGAAACCUCGCAAGGCAACAAAUAACGUCGAAGACGAUGACGAAGAGCAAGACACCAAACCCGCAAAGCCCAAACCGGCUCCUCGAUCCCGCAAACCUGUUAAACUUGAGUCGGACAACGACGAACACAACCCUAUCACUAUCUCCAGUGACGAUUCUGACGCUACACCCGCUCCCAGAAGCCCUAAAGUGUCUUCUGGAAAGCAGAAGGCAGUUCUUCCCUCUGGUGCCGAAGUUACGCCUAGGCCACGCAAAUCCAUCCCUGCCACACCCCCCAAGCAUCCCUCACCCAUUGCUGAAGAAGAGGCAGAUGACCUCGAUGGGUUUCAAGAGGAGUUUAUGCAGACACCUCGGCGUAUACCGCGUCAGUCACAUCAGUCGCAGAUGACGCCUAAACGCCCUGCCCCACCGGAGGAGGAGGAAGAGGAAGAAAAGUCUCUCCUCGAGCCCCGCGUGAAACCCUUGUCGGUGAUGCGGCCUCCGCCCACUGAAGACCCCUCCUCAGGUCCUAAGCCGCGUCUUGUGAUACACAAGAUGGUGCUCGUUAACUUCAAGAGUUACGCAGGGAGACAGGAGAUCGGGCCAUUCCACAAGUCUUUUUCGUCAAUCGUGGGCCCAAAUGGUUCCGGUAAAUCUAACACGAUCGACGCGCUCCUCUUUGUAUUUGGUUACCGUGCAUCAAAAAUGCGUCAGGGAAAGCUCUCUGAGCUCAUCCACAACUCUGCACGGUACCCCGACUUGGAUGAGUGCAGCGUGGAAGUUCAUUUCCGCGAGAUCAUAGACCUCCCCGGACCUGAUGCAUAUAAUGUCGUCCCGAACUCUGCACUCAUCGUCGCUCGCACAGCGACCAAAUCCAACACUUCUCGGUACACGCUCAAUUCACGGUCUUCCACCUACACCGAGGUCCAAACACUCCUCCAAGGGCGCGGAAUUGACCUCACGCACAAGCGUUUCCUCAUCCUGCAGGGUGAAGUCGAGUCGAUCGCACAGAUGAAGCCCAAGGGCACUUCGGAGCACGACGACGGGCUGCUCGAAUACCUCGAAGACAUUAUCGGCACUGCUGCGCUCAAAACGCCGAUCGAGGCUGCGCUUGCUGAUGUAGAGCGGCUGGGAGAAGAGAGAGCCGAGAAGGUGGCCAGGUUGAGGAUCGUGGAGAAGGAGAAGGCGAAGUUAGACGAGGAGAGAAAGGAGGCACUAGCGUGGCUGAAGCUUGCGAACGAGCAUGUGCGGGCUCUCAGCCGACUGUGGCAGUAUUAUCUGUGGAAGUGUUUGGAGAACGACGAGCAAUUUGCAACGCAGAUUGAACAUUUGGAGAAGGAGCUUACGGAUGAGAGGGAAAGGAACAAGGAUGAUAUCACGCAUCUAGAGAUGCUCGAGAAGCACUACAAGGAGCGCGAGAAGGCUUACGAGGAAGUAAAAGCAGCAGCCGAGGAAGCAACGAAGGACAAUGCCGCGCGCGAAAAGCAGUCUGUGAGUCUUGAGGAGCGCCGGAAGCAUGCGAGCAUGAAGGCCAAAAAGCUGAAGAAGGCAUUGGCGGACGAUGAACAAUCGAAGAAACAAGCCGAGAACGCGCUUCAGGACUCCGACGCUAAGAUCAAGACGAAGAAGCGUGAGAUUGCAGAGCACGAGGCGAACCUCGAGAAGGAAGAGAAGGUGCUCGAAGGGAUUCGGGAUAGCUUGAAGGACAAAACGCAAGUCUUCCACGACCAGAUCGAGGCGAAACAGAAAGAGCUACAGCCAUGGACUGCCAAGAUCAAUGUCAAGCAGGCUGCGAUCGACGUAGCAACAUCUGAACGGGACGCGCUCGCGCAGAAAGCCACGGGGCUCAAAGACGCCGUUGCACAAGCGGAGGGACAGCUGGCUGACCUGCAGGUAGAGCAGGAGGGCAAGCUGAACGAGUUGGGUCACUUGAGGACGAAAAAGGCAGAAAUGCAGAAGAAGAUGGAGACCUGCAAGGAAAAGUUCCACGGUGCUCAGGCUGGCGUCCAGGAGCUUCGGGCCAAGGCUGGCUCUCUGCGGCAAAGGGUAGACGAGGCUAAAGCAUCUCAAGCAGCUAGCACAUCGCAAAACAGAGUCUUGGACAGCCUGACGAAACUCAAGCAGACUGGUCGUAUCGAUGGGUUCCAUGGCCGUCUUGGCAGCCUAGGCACGAUCCCAGACAAGUACGAUGUUGCGGUCUCCACCGCUUGCGGCGCCCUCAACAACAUGGUCGUUGACACUGUCGCCCAGGGUCAAGCUUGCAUCGAAUUCCUGCGCAAGCAAAACAUUGGGCGCGCGUCGUUCAUGGUACUGGAGAAGCUCCCCACCGAUAAACUCAACGAGCGCGUAGUGACACCCGAGGGUGUCCCGCGGCUAUUCGAUCUCAUCAAGCCGAAGGAUCCCCGCUUCGCGUCUGCCUUCUACAAAGGUGUUGGGAACACCCUUGUUGCUGAAAAUUUGGACCAAGCGAACAGGAUUGCAUUUGGAGGCUCGAGGCGCUGGCGCGUUGUCACGCUUGCAGGACAGCUGAUUGAUUCAUCAGGAACGAUGUCGGGUGGUGGUAAUCACGUCUCGCGGGGUGGCAUGAGCUCGAAGCUCCAGGCGGAGGCAGUGAGCCCGCAAGUUCUGAGGAACUAUGAGCAGGAGAGCGAGCGAGUGGCACAUAAUCUCGAGGCGGCACAGCAGGAGUUUCGUGAAAUUGAGGCAGAAGUCGAAAGGCUCACUCAAGCAGGCCCAGAAAUAGAACUCGCCAUCGAAAAGCUCGCUAUGGACGUCAACAAUGGGAAGAAGCGGCUGACUGAUGCUGAGAGGCGUGUGCAGGAUCUCAAAGCACAGAGCAAGCCCAACGCUAGGGAUCUCGCUCGAAUCAACACUCUAGAUGCCGAUAUCGCAUCGGCAACAGAAGAGCUUGAAGAUCUGCAGACCAAAACUGGCACUAUCGAGGCCGCAAUCAAAGGUCUCGAAAAGAAGAUUCUCGAAAUCGGUGGCUCCAGACUGUUAAAGCAGAGGUCCACCGUUGACGGUAUUCGCUUGCUGCACCAGCUAGCUAACGAGGAGGUCACCAAGGCUGAGGUUAUGAAGGCUACUGCGGAGAAGAACAUUGUCAAGUAUACAUCUGGUGUUGAGACUAACCGUGCAGCGCUGGAGGAAAUUGAGAAAGAGCUUGAGGAGCUGAAGGAUCAGCUGGCGGAGGUCGCACAGUACUUGGAAGAUCUCAAGGAGAAGGUGGAGGCCGCGCAGGCUGCUCAGGAGAGCUCGAAAGAUGAUCUCGAUCAGCUCAAGCAGCAACUCCAGGAAAAACGCGAGGAGAUUGAUGAGUUCAGAAAAAAAGAACUUGAGAUUACCCAGAAGCUUGCCGACAAGAAGAAAGAGUCUGCUGAAAAUGAGCGUGUACUUGAUCACUGGCGGACGGAACACGACCAGCUUAAGCUUCAUGAAAUUGAUGAUGAUGACGACGAUGAAGAGGAAGGAGCUAACCAGGUUGCUGAAGCUUCAGGUAGCGGUGAAGGGGCGGUGAAACAGGAACAUACAGAUUCUGCUCCGAAGAAGGCUCGUCAACAAACGUCAUCGAGCGAGCUAUACAUAUACAGCGCCGAAGAACUUGCACGCUUCAAGAAGAGAGAGAUGGUUGCAGAUUCUGAGUAUCUUGAUGAGAAACUUAAGAACGCUAAUCCAAACCUCAACGUUCUUAAGGAGUACAAGAAGCGAGAGGAGGAAUUCAUGAAACGUGCCAAAGACCUAGAGGAGACAACUACAGCACGCGACGCGCAGAAGCAGCUCUACGACGGUCUCCGGAAACAACGGUUGGACGAAUUCAUGGCAGGUUUCAGCACGAUCUCAUUGAAGCUCAAGGAAAUGUAUCAGAUGAUCACUCUUGGGGGCAAUGCAGAGCUUGAGCUUGUCGACAGUAUGGAUCCCUUUUCAGAGGGCAUCAUUUUCAGCGUCAUGCCUCCGAAGAAGAGUUGGAAGAAUAUUUCGAAUCUGUCCGGGGGCGAGAAGACCCUUAGUUCACUUGCCCUCGUUUUCGCUCUGCAUGUGUUCAAGCCCACGCCACUUUAUUUCAUGGAUGAAAUAGACGCCGCCCUAGACUUCCGGAAUGUCUCGAUUGUGGCAAAUUAUAUCAAGGAUCGCACUAAGAAUGCGCAGUUCAUUAUCAUUUCUCUGAGGAAUGACAUGUUUGAGCUCAGCCACCGUCUCAUUGGCAUUUACAAGACUGCAAACGCAACACAGAGUAUAUCCAUCGAUAACCACGUUCUCGCUCCUCGAACCAUCAAGGCUGUGCCAGCAGCAGCUUGAAAGACUUGCAUUGUAAUGGUUGAGUUCGUGCUUUCUACAUGCUAUGUGAAUUAUAUGCAUUGUGUAUCAAAUGAUGACAUCGUAUCUCUCGCUCUACUCAUCCCUUCGAAUCGCGCCACUGAGGAUGAACAUCUGAAAGCCAUUCUCCCAGAGCCUUUCCGCCCCAGCUAAGACUCAUUGAAGCCUCACCUAGGGCACUGGAAGUAG